AGUCAGUGAACGUGGUCUGUCGGACUGAGUCGGAUCAGACUAGACCGGAGCGCAAAUAAGGGUCUCUACCCCAAUUUACAUACGCUAAACGCCAACGAAAAGCUAGUCAAAAUUGUGAUACCAUUUUUUUAAAUCUAUCUCUAAAGUUGCUACCAACAGUUUCGUAAAUGAGAGGACGUGAACGCCGGCGUUUCUAUUUUGUAUUUAUGUUUCUAUUUCGUAUUACUAUUUUGUGCUGGAAAUGAGUUCAGUCAGUGCCAAAGUGUUCAGUGUAAAAAGUUAGUGACGUUUGAGAAAAAAGGCGCUACUGUGGGAAAUGAUCAGCAAAAAUUUAAAACAGGAGUGUUUGUGUUUUUCGUUUUCUCGCCUUUCCUCGAAAAUUUUAUUUUAAAUCUAACGAAAGCCACUCGACAAAUGUGAAGUGAACGGACCUUUUGUUUAAUUACUGUUUUUUUAAAGUUCGCUUUCUUCAAUUUUCUCGUGAAUCUAAUUUUCUGGAUUUUCUUUACGUGCAUCAAACGUAAUAAAUAUGAACUUUGUGACUGUGAACAAAAUUACUGAAUAAAUCAGUGAGAGGUGCAGAGGAGACAAUAUGAGUGAGAUGUCGAGUGAAGAGCAGCAUCAUCAACAAAAAUUUGUUGAUGAUGGCUCGAAUUCGGAGCACCAUUGCAAGGAUCACAGUGUUCCCUUUGAAAGUGAGAAGAGCCUCGAGAUGCAUCUUCGGUGCCACAACGGGAACCUGCUCAGUCAAUGGGCCAGUCAAGCUCAGCAGGAGGAGAGCAAUAAUAACAACAGUAAGGCUGGUAACCAUAACAGCAGCAAUCAUAUGGUGGUGAAGCGGGAAAGUGUGACAGCGCCGGCUGAUUCGAGUGAACCUACCUCGAGGCCUCCUUCGGAAGGUACAGCAUCUUCGUCUCGGCGACAACACACUCCAACGUCACAGGGAUUCCAGGAUUUCCCAACCCCAAUGUUCAAUGAGAACAAUUAUUAUAUGCAGAACGAACAACAGAAUUAUGUUCUACCCCACAACUACUCUCCGACCAGGGAGGAGAGUCAAAGUGGAGAUGUAAACUUUUCAAGGUAUCAUCCUUAUCAGCAUCAGCAACGUUUUCCGCAAGGGGAUCGAGCAAACUCUGUGAGUUCUUCAAGUCCGCGUAGUCCGUUACAAUGUGAUAAAUGUGGCGCAGUUUACGAGGAUCCUCAUCAACUCGCAGAGCACCGCAGUCACCACACAUCUUCAAAUACCUAUCCCAGCCAGCCUCAAUAUCAGCAAAUAGGUACUAGUCAACAUCAAAUACAGAGGCAUCAACAAUCUCAAAUGCACAACUCACCACCACACACGAUCCGACAACAUGCGGGAUUCGAUUUUAGCGGUGGAAGUAUUAUCAAGACUGAAUUAAAGCCGGAAUCCGAAGAGCAGACAGCAGAGAUUUUCGACCUUGAUUCUCAGAAGGUCCAGACACACAGGUACGAGGAAGAUCUGAUCAAAGUCCAGCAUCAGCAACAACAACAUCAGAUGCAGCAUCAUGCAAUGCAACAUCAGCAGAGGACUGCUCCACAUUCGGUGAGUUCAAUGUUGAGUAGUUGGCCUUCGCCACAACUUCAUCAGGAGUAUCAUCCAGGAAUUUCUCCGGUGGCACCCAUGAACUCUCCUUCCCCAAUUCCGGAUCAGAGCCAGUUCAGACGUGCGCAGCAAAUGCCUCUUGAACCAUCUAGACAUGGUGCUUCACCUAUUAUAACAAGCACCCAAUCUCUCCCGACCCACCAACUACCCCCACUCCAGCACUCUACGGACCCACUGGAUGAUCAGUCGUGGAAAAGUAACAAGGCUCGACGACCCAAGACCUAUAACUGUACGUCAUGCAACAAGUGGUUUACAAGCUCGGGUCAUCUGAAGAGGCAUUACAAUACGACGUUGCAUAAAAACGCCGUCAAAGUCAGCAAUCAACCCGAUCCGGCCGAUAUGCCCAUCAGCGUGCAUCAUCAUCCAGGCAGGGAUGCCAUCAGAAACAGAGAGGGUCCAAGAUCUCCAGAGUUAUCUUCUUCAGGGAGUCCCCCAAACUUGAUGGCAGGUCCCUCGAACGAGGCAACGAGGGGCCUGCUGCACACUUCUAUCACCACCACCAGCCUUUCCAACAACAGCCACAAGUCUUCGGAGAUCCAAGAAACCCUUUCCCAGCAGCAGGUAGUUUCAGCGGCCCGCAUGUCCAACUUCGUGCCGCUCAAUUGCCCGCCGCAUUCUCCAAUGGGGCACCACCAGCACCAAAUGGGUGCCCCAUCACCCCAAUUGGCUCAGCGCAACCACCGAAUGAAUUCACCUCAAAUGGGGGUCCACCAUCACAUGAAUUCACCCAUUACCUACAGUCAGCAUCCACCAACUCACCUGAAUUCGCCUUCCCCAAUGGGCCAGCACCAGCACAUGAGUUCUCCAUCACCCAUGAUGGGGGGCGUAUCACCGAUGCCUACCCCACCGCUGCCAAUGGGGGAUACUACGAUGCCUCAUCAGCCGUACCCAAACGGUUUUCACCCCCACGUUACAACCACUACCAGCAUCCAGGGCCUAAUGGAUAUCACCAGCCUAGCUACUACUGGUAAUGAUCUACAACCUUCUAUGCAAUUCACCCAAGAGAUUCUGCCCGGUUUCGGAACCUUUAACAACACUCAAAUGUCUCUUCCGAGUUUUAACAACUUCGGCAUGAACUCAGGAUACAAUAUAGUUGGCCACAAUCCAUCACAGGUCAUUAAUGUGGGAGGGCUUAGUCCAGAGGAGAAUAUCCCUCCACCAGACAGAAACUUCAAUACACCUUUGCCUAACUAUGACACAUACAGACACGCACCUCCAAAGUACGAGUCCCUGACGAACAUGGAUGUUCUCCAUUGCACCGCUCCUUAUGGUAACAUAUAUGACAAGUACCAGGAUUACAUACAGCAGGAGCCACCUCUUUACUAUGAUAUUCCAAGAUCACGUUUUCAGGUGGAGGCCAAUAAUCAUUACCUAGAUGAAGAACCACCGACGGCGAAGUUAAAUCCAAAUAUAAAGAGGAAAAAGAACGCCAAACUCAAGGGCGCGGUAACCAAGGAGCAGCAGGUGACGAGCACAAACUCUGACUUGCCCUACAUCUCUGAGAAUGAUCGUCACAAAUGUCACGAUUGCAACAAAUAUUUCAGCAAGUCUUGUUACUUGACUCAACACAACACAAGUUUUCAUGCUGGUGACAAACCAUUCAAGUGCAACCAGUGCGGAAAGAGGUUUCCACACAAGACCAUACAUGCUGAACAUUUGCAGAAACAUGCUGGCGAGAAGCCUUACAAAUGUGAAAUUUGUCCCAAGCAAUUUAACCACAAGACAGACCUCAGACGGCACAUGUGCCUCCACACUGGUAAAAAGCCGUACGCCUGUGAUAUUUGCCACAAGGGUUUCAUACGAAAGGACCAUAUGAUGAAGCACGUCGAAACGCAUAGGAAGAAGCAGUCCAGCACCGAUCAGCUCAAUGUUCAUCUUAGGGCGUGAUUUCCAAAAUUACCUGGUUGUAAGAAUGGUUCCGGCCAAGAUCGACGUUCAUCAAGUGGUCACUUCAUGAGUUAUCAUAGCCUUUGUUCCACAAUCCUCAAAUAUCAAAUAUCCCUUCACCCACAGAAAAAAAUAGCCAGGAGAUUUUUGCUCAACUUAUUUAGACGACUGCCAGGAAUACCUUUCGAAGAAUAAUAUGUAAGUAAAUUCUCCAGUCAUUUUUUCUAGCAUCCUUGACAAGUCUUUACAAUUUUUCAAAGAAAUUUAUAUGCUUGUCUCUAUUAAAAUUUUUUUAUCUUAUUAAAUGGAGAUAACAAAAAAUCGAGGAUGCUGGAAAUCAGUCACCGAAAGAUUUUAUUCCUCGCGACAAUCAGAGUCGAUUCCAGUUUUCGUAAAAUGUAGCUCGACUUUGCAGAUUGCGACUGUAGAGGUAUAAAUACUCAAUUUUUGGGCGGAAUCCUGAUUGUGAAUCAUAAGGUUAUGGGUAAUUAUUUGAUUAUGACGUAACAUCAAUGACAUAAUUAUUUUGUAGCACUUUGAAUGAAUGAAAAUAAUAUUUGUUUUGUUUUUAAAAUAAAUUAUGUUAAAUUAUUUACGAGAACAUAUCACAUUUUUUUGUUGUAUCAAAAAGUCUAUUGUCAUUUUUUUUUUACAAAUCGUGAGUUAUAAAAUAUUUGAUAGAUCAUAAUUAUCAUACCAAUUAAUUAUCAUAGUUGUAAAUUAAUCGCAAUGCGUGCCUAUCAGUUAUAGAAGUUGCAAUAUUUAUUAUUCUCUUUUAGAAAUGGUUGUAAUUAUUUUUUGUAAACGUUCGAAGGAUAACAUUCCAAAAAAUCGUUUGACACGUUUUUACAGUGGCGAUUCUUGUUUUUCUAAUCCUAUGGAAUAGACUAAGCUGAAAAAGCAGAUCGCGUUGUUCGAAGGAAAUUUAGCGUUUAAAUUCAUCAAAUAAUAGUUCCACCAAAUAACAUGAAACAUUUGUCCAUUUACAUUGGUAUACGAAAAAUCUGAAUGAUAAUAACGUGAAAAAUUAUCAAAAGUUUCCUUUGAAAAACGCGACAUCCUGAAUAUGAGUAAACUUUGACCUCGCCAUUAUGAAAAAGAUUUGUUUCUGUCUUUCUUUGAUUAAUUAACCGAUUGAUUUGUUCGCAUAUCAUUUUUUUUCGUAUUGCAAAUUGUGCAACCUGAGGUCGAAUUUUGCCUCGUCCGUUGUUAUUUGAACAUCGUUGUUUUUGGAUAUAUACUAUAUAUAUAUAUUGUACAUAUGUGCGCAAGCUUUUCAGUUUCUAUUAUAUUAAAUGUGAUAACUAUUUAUAGUCACUUCCUAUUAUACUAUAAGUAAUAUCCUAGAAUAGACUACCUCAAGGAUUCAUAAUUAUAUCAUUGAGAGAAGGAAAGGAGAAAGGACAGUGUUAAAGAUAACGUGAAUAAAAAGUCAGUGCAAAACCUAGUUCUUGAUCAUAAUUUUGUGACUUUAAAACAUAACUUAAAUAUAUGAUUUCAUUCCUUCUCGACAUCUACAUUUUAUAAUGUAAAAGAGGAAUAGUUCAAGAAUAAAAAUAUGUGAUAAACAGUGUGAAAAUAAAAUAAAUAUUCUUCGUGUCAUUGCGCCAAACCAAUCAUGUUUGAAGGUAAAAGCUCGAUUUUUGAAGGACGCAUUGAUAUAUCGGAAUAAUGUUUUUUACUAAUGGACAAAGGCCAUGGCCCAAGGCCGCCAUGUAAUUUUAAGUGUGCAAAAGGCGUUAGCGAAAUAACGAUCGUCAGGUCAAGAUAUGUUUUGAACUAUGUAUUUGAAGAUGCGUCAUACACAAGUACCUCAUGAUAAAAAUAUACAAACCACGCUUACGAAUGUUCAUGCGUUUUGAGAAUAUUAGCUAAUUAAUAAAUAAUUAAUAAUCGCA